GCUAACUUCAGUACUGUUGUAGAAGACAAUAUUGUUUCGAUUUGUGUGCAAUUAGUAUUGAAAAUUAAUAUAAAAAUAUAUAACUUUAAAAUUACAUACAUCAUUCAGCUUGAUGCAAUAAAUAGAAGGAUCUCCAUAAAUUAAUCAUGGCUACCUGGCAAGAAAAGAAGCAUUUAAUAACACGAAAUUUACAAGAGGUCCUAGGUGACGAUAAGCUUACUGAAAUCUUAAAACAGAGAGAUUUAAAAAUAUAUUGGGGUACAGCUACUACUGGAAGACCUCAUGUGGCCUAUUUUGUUCCAAUGUUAAAGAUAGCUGAUUUCUUGAAGGCUGGAUGUGAGGUUACUAUAUUAUUUGCUGAUUUACAUGCUUAUUUGGAUAAUAUGAAGGCUCCUUGGGAGCUUUUAGCACUCCGCACUCAAUAUUAUGAAGCUGCUAUAAAGGCAAUGCUUACAUCUAUUGGUGUCCCACUUGAAAAACUGAAGUUUGUACGUGGUACAGAGUACCAGCUUAGUAAAGAGUAUACAUUAGAUGUCUAUAGAUUAUCAUCGGUUGUAACAGAACAUGAUGCUAAGAAAGCCGGAGCAGAAGUUGUAAAACAAGUAGAACAUCCAUUACUUAGUGGACUUCUUUAUCCAAACCUCCAAGCUUUGGAUGAAGAGUACUUAAAAGUUGAUGCUCAAUUUGGUGGAGUUGAUCAAAGAAAGAUAUUUACAAUGUCAGAAAAGUUUUUACCUCAAUUAGGGUAUGCAAAAAGAAUUCAUCUGAUGAACCCUAUGGUACCUGGUCUAACAGGAGGUAAAAUGUCAGCCUCUGAAGCUGAUAGUAAAAUAGAUCUAUUGGACACACCAACAAAUGUUAAAAAAAAGCUAAAAAAAGCUUUCUGUGAGCCUGGUAACAUUAGUGAUAAUGGUGUGUUGUCAUUCACUAAGCAUGUUGUCUUCCCACUGAUGAAAGAAGGUGAGACAUUUAAGAUAAAACGUUCUGCCGAGCAUGGUGGUGAUGCUAAUUAUUCAAAAUAUGAGGAUUUAGAAACUGCAUUUGCAAACCAAGAAAUUCAUCCAGGAGAUUUGAAGGCUUCAGCUGAGGAUGCAAUAAACAAACUUUUGGCACCUAUACAAGAUACUUUCAACGACCCUCAAUUACAAGAAUUAACAAAAAAGGCUUAUCCACCGCCAACAAAGGUCAAAGGUAAUAUUAAUCAAGCUGUGGAUGAUGUAACUCCAUCAAAACUUGAUAUAAGAGUAGGGCACAUUGUGGAAGUGUCUAGACAUCCAGAUGCAGAUGCUCUUUAUGUAGAAAAGAUUGAUGUUGGUGAAGAUGAACCAAGAACUAUUGUUUCUGGAUUAGUCAACUUUGUACCCAUUGAAGAAAUGCAAGACAGAGAUGUUGUAGUUUUAUGUAAUUUGAAAGCAGCUAAAAUGCGUGGAGUUGAGUCAAAGGGCAUGGUUCUUUGUGCAUCUGUAGAUGAGCCAAAGCAAGUAGAACCACUGCUACCUCCAAAAGGAACUAAAGCUGGUGAUAGAAUUGUAGUAGAAGAAUAUGCCACUGGUGAACCUGAUGAGGUUUUAAAUCCCAAAAAGAAGGUUUGGGAAAAGUUGCAAGCUGAUUUAAAAACGAAUGAUAAUUUAACAGCGGUCUGGCAAGGUAAUAAGUUAGUAAGUAAAAUUAAUGGAAACCCUGUGACUACAAAAAGCAUGAAAAAUGCUCCCAUUAAAUAAUGCUUUUAUGGUAUUUAAGCAAUAUGUGCUAUGUUAUUUCCAUUAAGUGCAUUUCUGAGAAAUAUCUAUUGUUGAAUUUAUAUAAUUUUAUAUAUAUUAUGUAUAUUUUUUUGGUAAUGUAAUAAAUCUAAUUAUUUCACUAUUUUAUAAUUUUAUUU